AUGGCUGGUCUCGAACAGAUCGAGGUUCAUUCCAGGAACUACCUCGUGCGCUGGGUCAACGUCAAGCAAGAGCAUACAAUCUCGUGGACAGUUCAGCCUCACAAGAAGUCGCUUAAUCUCGGCCUGUUCAAGCACCCCGGACCUCUGUCGACCCUGCACGGCUCCUCCACCUCCUUGAAUCCACCCUCACCUACCCACCCACCGGACGACGAAGAGAAGGAAAAGCCCGAAGCACAGUCGACCGCUGUCGAGAAGUUGACCGGUAUCGGCCUGAAACAAGUCAAGUGGAUAGGCAAAUGUGAGGCCGACAAGGUGACUCAAGGCAAACAUGACGUGCGCCUCGGCGAAGCAGGGAACUAUGCUCUGGUAUUCGACAAUACCUUCUCCAAGAGCAUUUCAAAGACAGCAACCAUCUUCCUGCUCACCUACCCGACAGCGUGUCAACCGCAAAUACAGUUUGGUGCGCAAUUACAGCACCCGCAGUCGAUGGCCUCCGCCAUGGCCAUUGCGAACAAUGCCUCUACAUUGUUUAAGAGGAGUCCGAAAUUGAAGGCAAAGGAUAAAGGAUCUAUUGAUUCCCUGAGGCAAACUUCCAUCAGCCAGCAGUCUGCUGGAGGGAGCAUGGCGCCUGUCCCAGAAGGCAUGAGCCUUGUGGGGGAUCCUUCUUCAAUCCAUACUGGUGUGCUCCAAAAGCUGAGGCGCAAGAAACAUCAAGGUUAUGCCAGACGAUUCUUCUGCUUGGACUUUACGUCUUCCACCUUGUCAUACUACCGAGAUCGGAACUCUUCAGCCCUCCGCGGUGCCGUUCCUCUCUCACUGGCAGCCAUUUCAGCCAACAGCAAAACCCGUGAAAUCUCAAUUGAUUCAGGCGUUGAGCUUUGGCACCUAAAGGCAAAUAACGAGGCCGACUUUGUAGCUUGGAAGGAGGCUUUGGAAACCGCCACCAAGCUUAUGCUGGAGAUCAAAAUUCCCACAGACAAUCUGCAUCUGGGUCCGGAUGGGAACAUCGAGGGCCGCGCUUCCUCUUACUUCGACGAGCAGGAAUGGGCGAGGUUGGAGACGCUGCUCAGCCGAAUAUCGGGCACCCGAGACGCUGUACGUCGCCUCUGUCUAGAUACCCUCGCGCAGCCUGGCCCCAUGCCCUCCCCUAGACUGGGAUCAGCUUCACCAAGCACAACUCCAACCGAGGGACCUUCUGGGGAGGAUUACUUCAGGCAGGAUGACAAGCGGCCUUUUUGGAAACGCAAAACCAGUAUGACAGCCACUCAGUCAAACAUUUUUAAGCGCAGUGUUUCCGCUCAAUUGGCCGUCCCACUCCCGGGCGUGGAGCCUAUCUUGCGCAACGGGACACCUCCUCCACCGACCGGACCGAUAGCUACGCGGCCUCGCUCCCACCACGAAGAAAGCAUGUACGACCACUGCCGAGCGCUGUUACAUGAUCUGGAUUCAGUUGUUGGCGAAUUCUCUUCAGUUAUGGCCGAGGGCAAGAUUCGACGUACAACACCACCGAAGUCUGCAGUCUCCCGGCUGAGCAUCCAAUCAGUCGACUCGCAGGAAUACUUUGACGCCGAAGAUAAGAUGCACGUGCUCGACAUUCACGGCGAUACCGACCACGAGGGCUUCGAGGACAGUCCAGAGGGAGAUGAAGACUCAGCAACCAGCAGUGAUAUUGGCGAGGACUCAGAAGACGUGUUGAAGCGCCGUUCAGGGAGCGUAUCCUCAUACCUCCCUCCGAGGGCGAAAAGUCUGGUGCCGCUGCCGCUACAACCGAUAACCAGGCGGCAAAGUAUAGCAGCUCCGACGAUUAUGCCCCCAAGUUUGAUAGGGUUUCUCCGGAAGAACGUGGGCAAGGAUCUGUCUACGAUAUCCAUGCCGGUGUCAGCGAACGAACCUCUUUCCCUCCUCCAACGAGCCGCCGAACAGCUGGAGUACUCCCAAUUGCUGGACAGUGCAGGCAAGUGCCACGAUACGUUUGAGCGACUGAUGUACGUCGCUGCUUUUGCCGUCUCCUCCCUUUCGAACAGUCGUGUCAAAGAGAGGUCGAUCCGCAAACCCUUCAAUCCCAUGCUGGGCGAGACAUUUGAACUUGUCCGAGAAGACCGGGGUUUCCGCCUCAUCUCCGAAAAGGUGUCGCACCGCCCUGUACAACUUGCCUUGCAUGCCGAAUCUGAAAACUGGACAUUCACCCAGUCGCCUUUGCCGUCACAGAAAUUCUGGGGCAAAUCUUCUGAAAUUAUCAACGAGGGGAAAGCACGGUUGGUACUGCACAGCACGGGAGAAACGUAUAGCUGGGCCUCGGCGACGUGUUUCCUGCGUAACAUCAUCGCAGGAGAGAAGUACGUCGAACCUACCGGCACCAUGACGAUCUAUAACGACAGCGCCGGGCGUAAGGCAGUUGUGUCCUUCAAGGCCAAAGGCAUGUUCUCUGGGCGAAGUGAAGAAGUGGAAGUGCAAACUAUCGAUUCUCAAGGCCAGGACUUGUCGAUUGGGCUCCACGGGACAUGGACAGACUCGUUGCAAUUAAAAGAACCGGGGAAACUUGGCCAAAGGAACACCAUUUGGUCGGCCGGCGCGCUGGUCCCGAAUGCACCGAAGCAUUACGGCAUGACCCUGUUUGCAGCUCAACUCAACGAGAUGACCGAGGUCGAGGAGGGAAAGAUAGCGCCCACAGACAGCCGCCUUCGUCCCGAUCAGAUCGCUCUCGAGAAGGGCGACCACGAGGCCGCAGAGCAGCUGAAGAAUCAACUUGAAGAAGCACAGCGGGCGCGCAGGAGGGAGAUGGAGGCAAACAAUAAGGAAUGGAAACCUCGAUGGUUCACCAAGGUGGAACUCGGCGACGAGGUUGUCUGGAAGCUAAGGACGGGAAAGGAAGGGUACUGGGAGGAGCGGGCAAGGGGGGAGUGGACUGGAGUCGUGCCCGUGCUCCAGACGUAG